AUGCCGCGGCCAGAGCUGGGGCCCGAUAGACUUUACUGGGGUUUCUCCUCGACAGGUAAAUUCACGACGAAGUCCGCGUAUGACAUGUUGGAUGCCGCUGGUAAGCCAGAAACGGCCUCGACGUUGAAGCCUGUAUGGCGCGCAGUGUGGCAAUGGCCCGGGCCCCAAUGUAUUAGGAUCUUCCUUUGGCUGCUCACGAAAAAUAGACUGCUAACUAACGUGGAGAGACGAAGGAGACAUUUGACGGCAGAUGGUAUUUGUGCAAUUUGCGGUCAGACCGACGAGACGAUUCUACAUGCCUUGCGAGAUUGCUCACUAGCAGCCGAAGCUUGGAGGGACCUGCUACCUCGGCCAGCCAUCUCUGAUUUUUUCUGCACAGACCUGGUACAGUGGAUUUCAUCGAACCUGCUGAAUUCAUUAAGUGUAGGAGGAGCGAAUUGGGCAUGCAUCUUUGGAGUGGCUGCAUGGAAAAUAUGGAAAUGGAGAAAUGAAUUCAUCUUCCAAGGCAAACGACGAACAGGAAUCGGAGGAGUGCAUGAAAUCCUGACCUAUGUUGAGGGUCUGAAGAAUCUCAUUGAGAACGAUAGGAAACUUGGGGGGUCGGGCCGGGUAAGAAUGGAGCGUUGGAUACGGUGGGAGAAACCACCGGCGGGGUGGGUGGGUUAA